AUGUGACCUGAUGGUCCAUCACAUAAAUUCAGGUAUUUAUGUUGGUGAGAGAAAUGUGUGAAGGCCGUCAUGCUAAAAACUGCAACCACCUUGUUUUUGUACAGGAACAGGAAGCACUUCAUCAUAUUUGGUUUUCAUUCGGUCUCUGACAGACAGUCAGCAUCAGGACACCAUGGAGGUCACAUCUCUUCUCCUGUUGGUGAACAUGUUGCUGCUGAUUGCUCCGACCAGGUCCUCAGCUCAGACUGCUGCUGCCUUUCUUCACAUUGACCCAAACAGACUGCAGUUCUUUGAAUAUGAAUCCAUACGAUUAAACUGUGAGGGGUUUGACAGCUCAGCUGAAUGGAGAGUGAUACAGGCGAGUUCAUCAAAGACUCCUCGAUGGGAGGAUUCAAAGAGAUUAUUGAACAUUAAUGCUGCCUUUGCAAAACAUAGUGGAGAAUACUGGUGUGAAAACACAGACGGACAGAGAAGCAGCUCACUCAACAUCAUUGUUGUAAAUGAUGAUAAAGUGAUCCUGGACAGUCCGGCUCUCCCUGUGAUGGAGCGACAGAACAUCACUCUGCACUGUAGAAAGAAAAAACCACCCCACAACUUAACGGCUGAUUUCUAUAGAGACGGACAUUUCACAAAGACUGAAUAUAAAGGGAAGAUGAUUAUUACCAACGCCUCUAAGUCUGAUGAAGGAUGGUACAAGUGCAUAAUCUCUGGAGCCGGAGAAUCAGCAGAGAGUCGGCUGGCUGUCAGAGCGCUGACAGCAUAUCACCCUUCCACACCUGAAGAAGACCCAACACCUGAAGAGGGUCCAGCAUCCUCUCCCCCUCCAGGGUCUCUUCAUCUCUCCACACUGUUACCCGUUAUCUCCACCAUCUUGUUUGUAGCAGUGCUGCUGUUGGUGCUGGGACUUCUUCACUGUCGGAAACACAGAGUUUCAGGUUUUUCCGACAACAUGCCACCAACAGCAUCAAAUGACCCAGUGUAUGAACAUGUCGCUGAAGCCGAAGCACAACCAGACAUUUACACUAAAGACAUAAAACACCUGAGAAGAAGAAGAGAGCGUCCUGAGUCGACCAUGAACGACGUGAUGUACUCUGUCAUCUCUGUCACAAAUAAGAAGACAGUGAGAGGAGAGGUCAACAAACCGGAAACAAACGAAGUAGUGUAUGCUUCAGUCUCACCACGACCAGAGCGACAGGAAACCGACUGAAGGAGACUCGACAAACCCCGUAUGAAUGACGUGCGUACCAGCCAAUUUUGUUCUCACGAACUUGCGUAUGUUAGUGAAUCAGAAUCAUUUUAAAUCAUCAGGCGCGUGCCCCCAGCCUGCAUUUAGCAUACUACCACGCCCCAAUCUCUCCAUAUAAGGACAUCCGAUUGGUGUAUCAGGACGAGAGCGGUGAGGUGGAGACACGUAGAAGUUUUUAGGAGAUGACCCCAAAAAGGCAAAAAAGAUUGGUAUGUCUGGGUGCUUAGAUGAUGUUACAGUGAAUUACAGAACUGCAGCAGAACAUGCAUUGGCAGUCGGAGUCAGCUGAUCAGUCAUCCGUCACACUCUUCAAACAUUUUGACAGUCUGAUGCGCUCUCUUCUGGAGGCAUGGGCUGCUAUUUGUAUUUGUAUAAGGCUGGAUCUUCACACUUUCUUAUACGUAAAUCAUAAUCAUGUAUGUUCCCUGCAUGCUCUUAAAUAUUCUCAGAUUAAUCAGCUGGUUUUGAUAUCAGAUGUGAUUUUUCAUGGCGGUGGGAGUGGUCGACGAUUAGAUUUAAGAUUUUAGAUUAAAGGAUGAUAAGGCGAAUGUUUCAUGAUUAUUUAAUGCAUUUAGUCAAUGCAUUAGUUAAUUCACGUUUUUAAUGCUUGUAUUUUCAACAUUUUUUUAAAAUAUAUUUAUUUAUAUAGCCUUUAUUUUAUUUUUUUACUGAAUGUAUUUUUAAUGUCAUGCAUUUAGUUAGUUAGUAUUUUUGUUCGCAGAGUAAGAACAAAUUCAAGUAAGAAUAUAUUGAUGAAUCCCAGAUUUGUGCUUCAAAUGUGCUUCCAUUGUGCGGUGUACCCCAAGGAUCAAUUCUUGGACCACUUCUGUUUUCCUUGUGCAUGCUCCCAUUGGGGCACAUCAUCCAUCAUCACAUUAUUCAUUUCAUAGUCCUGCUGAUGACACCCAAUUAUAUCUCUCCACCAAAACCAGAGAUUGGAAUAAACUGGCCACACUUCAAAGCUGUUUAGCUGAUGUCAAGAAGUCAUGAUGUCAAAAGUGUUUCUCAUUGUCCCUGAUAAUAUUCUGAACCAGAUUCAGCCCACUACUCAGCCCACUAAUCCCUAAUGUUAAAAGCCAUUUCAGAAACUUGGGAGUUAUAUUUGAUACCGACUUAAGUUUGGAUCUAAACAACAAGAAACGGGUUCAAUCCUGUUUUAAUCAACUUUGGAACAUGAUCAAGAAUCAAGUCACUUUUAUCUUUUCACAAUACAGAACUAAUUAUUCAUGCUUUUAUUUCCUCUCGGCUGGAUUACCUGCGUUAGUACACGGCCGUAACACACUGUCAGACUGUACAGAACUUUGCAGCCGGUCUUCUGACAAACACAGAGCGCACCUCUCACAUCACGCCUGUUUUAGCUUCACUGCACUGUUCAUCAAUCUCUUUUAGAAUUAAUUUUAAAAUGUUACUGACAUCUUACAAAGCCCUACAUGGCCUUGCAUCCAAAUAUUUAAAUGAGCUUUUAACCCCUUACUGCCCAAGCAGACCUCUGAGAUCGGCUGCCUUAGGCCUGCUCACCGUACUCGAGUAAUGGUGGAGGUCAAAGGGCGAUCUGGCUUUUUCAGUUAUGGCACCUCGGAUCUGAAACAGUCUUCCACUUUCCAUCCUUUCAGCUGACUCUGUGUCUGCUUUUAAAUCCCUAAGACUCAUUUUUACAGACUGUUACUGAGAUAAGAGAGAUCAUUCGAUCAGAGCUCCGGCAUGCAUAUUUGAACUCUCCUGUUUUAAUGUUUUUACUUUCAGGUGUCUUUUGUUUUAACUGAAUUUUUGCUGUUUAUUUUU